CAGGUGGACCCGGACGGACCCAGCCGGACCCAGCCGGACGGUCCCGGAGUCUGCCAAUUCCCUGAUAUUCUGCCCGAUCCGGCCCCCGGAUCACAGCGAUCGGUUGCACCACGUGAUUCAUUGUAUGUGUCAACGAGCAAUCAAUGUCAUUCAUCCGCAAAGCAUCACUUCUCUUGCGCGGUGCCAACUCACAAGACUAAUGGCCACACCAAGUACUGAGAGAAUACAGCAAGCCGCUACGAAGCUAUUAGAAGAAGCUCGUGCAGAGGGGAAAUUGAGCAAGCUCACUGUACGCAUUGUGCGUGAGCGGCUAGAGGAAAGCCUUGACCUCUCAGCUGGAACUUUAGACGCAAAAGAGUACAAGACGUCUAUCAAGAAAACAGUCGUCGACUAUCUGGACAAUGUUUCAACAACACCACUGAAUGAGGAAGAUGAUGGAGAAAGCCAGCCAAAACCCUCCAACAAACGCAAGGGAGGGGCCGACGAAGAGCUUGUCAAACCUCGCAACGGCGCCUCUAAGCCCAAGGCGUCGCCCGGGAAGAACAAGAAAGGGAAGCAGGUGCCCAAGUCCUCUACUAUAGUGGAGUCUGAAGCGUCUGAAAUAUCUGAAGACGAAGUUCCAGCUCGGAAGAAGCAAGUCAAACCUCCGAAAAGUAAGGGCGAGCAUGAAACGAAACCCUCUGGCUCCAAACGCUCUCAGAAGGCAUCCAGAACCAAGAAGUUGACCAGCGGAACCGCUGUGAAGGAACAUAAAUCAGCCGUGAGUUGAAAUUUUGUUAUCUUGCGACUGGUCUUCUUUAUUCACUACGUACAGUCUAUCGUCGAGUCUUCUGGGGACGAGGCUGAUGCCAAGCAUGCAUCCAAAUCUGCUGUGACGUCUUCAAAGAAAGAAAUACUGUCACCUAAGAAAUCGCCUUCAAAGGAAAACCCUCUAU